UUGUCCCCAACAGCUUGUCAGCUCUGUGCCUUGACUAAUAAUAACAUUUUGUUGUUGAACCUUGGAAACCUUUUGGUUUACAGCAUCAUUGAGAAAGGUGAAGAAAACUGUGGGCACCUUAUUGAAGCUCACAAAGAGUGCAUGAGAGCUCUGGGCUUCAAGAUCUGAGAAAGAUGAAGAGGACUGUGAAUGUGGUAAUGUCUGUUGCGUGACUGGUAUUCUGGAAAGCUGAAAAAUAUUAAAUUAUUUCUGCAAGUUGCUUCAGAGGACCGAAUAUAAACAAAGAAUCUAUUUAUAAAGAAUUUCUAAUGAUAGACUGUGUAUCACGUCUCUGGCUUUUCCACUGUUGGCUCUUGACUGCUGCUAUAGAAAAUAUAUUUUUUCUCUUAAUAAAAAUCUAAAAAUGACCAGUC